AUGAGUGAGCAGGAUAUUGAUAUAGAUUUUCUCAUAUCCUUGGUCCAAGAAAGAGCCAUUAUAUGGGAUAAAUCACACGAACUUUACAGUUAUAAAUUUCGUAAAGCGAAUGAAUGGGUAGCUGUUUGUAAAAAAAUAUUUCAAGAUUACGAGGAGUUUGAGGAUCCAAAAAAAGAACAAGAUUGUAGCCUUGAAAUGGUGUCUGAAGAAACGGAACGAAAUGAAAACACAGCAUCAUCUUCUCCAUUUCCUACAAAAGAAAUGGCCUCGUUACCCCCAGGUCCUUCUCGCUACGUGCUGCAAGCCGUAAGAGAUCAAACCAAGCAAUAG